AUGAGCGAUUUAGUAAGAUCCUUCGCCAAAGCCAAGCUGUCCAGCCUGCCGCCAGAGCCUCCUCUGCCUGAAGAGCAAGACCGCGAGGAUGAUUCCUCCUCAGCCUCCAGCGUGUCGUCCACAGGCACUGUGCGGCCGUCCUCCAGCCAUAAGGCUGCGCCUCCCACCCACUGGAGCGACUACUUCGCCCAGGAGCUGUAUCUCGAGAGGCAGUCCGAUCACGGCCGAGCAAAAUUCCACGUCUAUCUAACCCCGCCAGCAACGCCGAAAGCACCGCUCAUCGUUGCACACCAUGGCGCCGGAUCCUCCGGUCUCUCGUUCUCGCUGUUCGCUCGUGAGCUGCGAAAACUCAUGCCUGAAGCUGGUGUCAUGUCCGUCGACGCACGUGAGCACGGCUCAUCCGUCGUCUGGGAUCCAUCCGGUGAGGUUGACAAGGACCUCUCCAUCACCACCCUCAGUCAAGACCUCGUAGACGUUAUCCGGAUGACGGCAGAGAAGUCAGGCUGGCCUGGCCUCCCGCAGCUCCUGCUCGUAGGCCACAGCCUAGGCGGAGCGGUCGUCACAGAGACCGCGAAGACGGGUCUGCUGGGCGGCAAACUGAUCGGGUAUGCCGUCCUCGACGUUGUCGAAGGCUCCGCUAUGGAGGCGCUCAAGAGCAUGCAACUAUACUUGUCGAGCAGACCGUCGGCUUUUCCUAGCUUGGACUCUGCGAUCGACUGGCAUAUACGAUCACGCACGAUACGGAACUUGGACUCUGCGCGGGCGUCUGUACCCUCGCUGUUGCUGCAGACCCCCGCUGGCUCGUGGAUCUGGCGGACCAACCUGUCAAAGACAGAGGCUUACUGGUCUAACUGGUUCGACGGGAUGAGCUCGAAGUUCCUCUCAGCCAGGGGCGCGAAGCUGUUACUGCUUGCCGGCACUGAUCGGCUGGAUAAGGAGCUCAUGAUCGGACAGAUGCAAGGCAAAUUCCAGUUGCAAGUCUUCCCCGCUGCUGGCCACUUCGUCCAGGAGGACCUGCCAGAGAAGACCGCGGAAGUCAUCGUAGAGUUCCUCAGGCGAAACGAUCGCAGCACGCUUGUGCUGCCGCCGAAGGUGUCUGAUCUGUUGAAGCAAGGCAAGAAAGUGUGA